AUGCGCGUGAGCAUUUUCGGCGCCAUCUUCGUGACGGGAUCGAGUUUUUGCUUUGCGAAUAAAUUGGGAGCAAAACCACGCAAUGACUCGGACACAAACGAACGUGUUCCUCUUGACUCAUUGCCACACGAAGCUUACGCAAUCUCGAGUAAUGCGCUUAGUUAUAAUGUCACACUUGUGGAUAACAAAGCCCAUGUUAACAACAAAGCGAAUGAAGAAAGAAUGCCACAGCAUGUCUAUGGUGAUGUGCUGCAGCGUUUAUCGGAAGAGAGACCUAAUUUAGCAGCUCAUUUGGCGAAUGAGUUGAAAAAUGCGAUUGGCAAGAAAAAGACCAUUCACGAACAAGGGUUGCUCGAGAAACUGCUACCACAAGACUGUUACGAAGAUCUCAGAACCAAGCUCAAUGAUAUCAAAUUCGAAGACAUUACUGAUCUAGAAAUUAUCGACGAGUCUCUAAGAACUUGGUUGAACGAAGUUCUAUUGUACAGGACUUUGAUAAACUCGAAAGAAGAGUCUGAAGUGUUCGAUGACAAAGUGGUGCUAGAUCUGUUAUUGGAAAAACUAGAAGCACAGGUUGAUAAACCACUUUCUGAAACACCAGAACAUCAGCUUUAUUUGCGCCGGCAAUUGGUGAAGCUAUUUGAUAAACUUCGAGACGAUCGAGAUCUCAAUCGUCUCGUAGGGGUUGUACUGCGAAUGAUGGUAUUGGAUUCCACCUACAAGUUUUUGGUCUUUCAGGAAUGGACAAAAAAUUAUUAUCGUCCGGAAAAUAUGUUUACAUUAUUUGUUGGUUUAGAUCCUACAGAUUUACUCCACAAUGAACUGUUUUAUGCGUGGCUUAAUUACGUCGACUGGUACUGGUAUUAUGCGGAAGAAAAAAGGAUAGAUCGAUACAUCAUUUUCAUUAACGUUCUGCAGAGGUAUAUGAAGCAAAUCGCGAUAGAUUUGAUGCUUGACAGUAGUUCAUUUAACGAUGCUUUUCCGCUAAACGCUGGCAAUGACUUUCAAAAAGAAAUGAAGGAUGCUUGGAAGAUCAAGCAAGUGGCAAGUUAUAAUUCGGUUCAAAAGAAAUGGAGACGCAUCGAAAGAAUCUACGGGAAAAGUUACUUACAAAGAAUGACAAGCUGCAAUGGAUACUUCAUUACGUCAAUACCUACGGGGCUUUUUCUUCAUUUGACGACAACGAUCUGUAUGACUAUUUAA